GUUUAAGUUUACUUUUGGCUAUGUGUUUUAUUUACAUUUCCUACAUAAUUUAACAGAUUGGAUCGAUGUAUCUGUUAACUACAUAAUAAUCUGUAUGCUUUUCAACAGCAUUUUCGAUAAAGUAAAUGAUAAAUCUACCAACACCAACGUCAGGAUUUUCAAUACAAAUGUCAAGACAGUUCUACUGUAUGGGGCAGAAACCUGGAGAACUACGAAAGCCAUCAUCCAGAAAAUACAGGUGUUUAUUAACAGUUGUCUACGCAAGAUACUUCGGAUCCGUUGGUCGGACACUACUAGCAACAACCUACUGUGUGAGAGAACAAAGCAGAUCCCAGCGGAGGAAGAAAUCAGGAAGAAGCGCUGGAAGUGGAUAGGACACACAUUGAGGAAAGCACCCAACUGCGUCACAAGACAAGCCCUCACAUGGAAUCCUGAAGGCCAAAGGAAAAGAGGAAGACCAAAGAACACAUUACGCCGGGAAAUGGAAAUAAACAUGAGAAUAAUGAACAAGAAUUGGAUGGAACUAGAAAAGAAGGCGGAGGACAAAGUGGGUUGUAGAAUGCUGGUCUGUGGCCUAUGCUCCAUUAGGAGUAACAAGUGUAAGUAAUUAAAUGAAUCCUAAUUACCCUGAUUUGAGUGCAUGGAAUUUAUCAGGAACACAAGAUACUAUUCCUAAUCAAAGUUCAAAUUAUCCAAAUAGAAAUUCAAGAUAUCCUGAUGGAGGACCAGGUUAUCCGGUUGGAGGAUCAGGUUACCCGGUUGGAGGACCAGGGUUCUCAGGAUUUUCAGUAGGGGGACAAAGUUCAAUAGAUGGAGGGAUAGGAUUCGCGGGCGGAGGUCCAGAGCCUAUGGUGGGAGGUGCAGAUUAUACAUCAGGAUACUAUCCUAAUUCAUUUUCUGGAGGAUUUCAACCUUCCAAUCCAACUGGAUUUAGAUAUUCACCACAAGGAGAAAAUUUUCCAAGAAAUAACCCAUAUCCUGUUGCACAGUCACCAGGUUAUGUUCCAGGAGCCCCUCGUUUUGGAACACAAACUAAUGAAUAUAAUAAUGGUAGCAAUUUACGAACUGAUCAGAAUAUCUGCCAAUCCAAUCCUAAUAGUGAGAUUUUUGAACCAACAGUCAAAGAUGCAGCAAAUUUUAAUCCAGAAGAAGAUUGUGAACGUUUACGAAAAGCAAUGGCUGGUUUAGGAACAAAUGAAAAAGAAUUAAUAGAAGUAAUGGGUCGUAGAAGUCCUAACCAACGUGUUAUAAUAACAAAAAAAUAUAAGGCAAUGUUUGGAAAAGAAUUAACUUCUAAGUUUGAAUCUGAAUUAAGUGGACACUUUUAUGAAUGUAUGCUAGCAUUAUGUCGAUCUCCAUCGGAAUUCGAUGCAAUAGAACUACGUAAAGCAAUGCGUGGUACUGGUACAAAUGAAGAAGUUUUGAUUGAAAUUUUAUGCACUCGAACGAAUGAACAGAUAAGGGAGAUACGUGAAGCUUAUACAAGACUUUACAAAGGUCGUUCCCUCGAGAAAGAUUUAAAAGAUGAAACAUCUGGAUAUUUCAAACGUAUCUUAGUAGCAUUAGUACAAGGGGAUAGAGAUGAAAGUCAAAAUGUUGAUGAAUGUCGAGCACGUAGAGAUGCAGAAGAAUUAUAUAAAGCUGGAGAGCAAAGAUGGGGAACAGAUGAAUCAAAAUUUAUUCAAAUCAUCUGUCAUCGAUCUUAUGCUCACUUACGUUCAGUUUUUCAGCACUAUUCAACACUUGGUAGAAGAGAUAUUGAAAGCGCUUUAAAAUCGGAAAUGAGUGGAGAUUUACUUCGAGCUAUGCUUACUGUUGUGAAAUGUGUUAUAAAUAAACAGAAAUAUUUUGCUGAGAGAUUAAAAGCUUCCAUGAAAGGUGCUGGAACAGCUGAUUCAACAUUGAUACGUAUAGUUGUUGGACGUUCUGGUAUUGAUAUGGGUCGUAUUAAAAAAGAAUUUAUUAGUUUAACAGGAAAAAGUCUUGAGUCAUGGAUAGCUGAUGAUACCAGUGGAGAUUAUCGACGUAUAUUAUUAAAACUUGUUAGUGAAUAAGAAGAAGACGAAGAAAAAAAAGUAAAUGGCAAAAGAAAAUCGACCACAAUUCAAUUAUAUUUAACAAUAUUAGAUUAAUCAAUAAAACACAAACUUUAGAACAACAUAUCAUUUGAAGUGAUCAUUUAUUAUUUGAUUGAUAUUUCUUUAUUUGUCUCAACUUUUAUUCUCUAUACAGUUUUUUUUAUUGUGAAUGAUUUUCAAAGAUUAUUACUUUCUUGCUUUCUUUUUUUAUUUUUUUCAUUCUUAUUAUUAAUGAAACGAAAGAAAAUUCCAUACUAUUACUACUAUUAUUAUCACUACUACUACUUAUUUUUUUUUUUUUGGUUGGCGUUUAUUGGCGAGUUAGUUUUCUACGGUAUGGGGUUGCGAACCCUCCUACUUUAUCCAAGUUUGGGACAGGCAAUAGCCCUAGCUGGGUUCCAGGCGGAGUUACUAUUAUUAUUAUUAUUAUUAUUAUUUAAUUAAACAUUGUGAUUUUUAUUUUUUUAUUGUGAACAAUUGAACAUUAUCUUAGUGAUUAUUUUUUUUAAAAAAUGAUUUAUUAUGAAACAAAUUAUCUCACUUUGUGAAUGAAAAACGUUUUAACACAAUAAAAAUCUGUUUGAUUUCAUUCGAAAUCAAGUAACUAUUUUUUUAAUGAUCAUCAUUUCAUGUAUUAAAAUGAUGUUGUUAGGUUCGUUAAGCUUGAAUGCUACUACCGAUUCGGC